AUGGCUUCAUCUAGUCAAAACAAUGUCGGGCCAGAACCCCCGAUACAAAAGAGCUUUUCAUGUGUACUCUGCUCCCAACGCAAGGUCAAAUGCGAUAAGGCUCCGGGUGGGUGCUCGAACUGCACCAAAUCUCGCGUAAGCUGCGUAUACAAAACACCCGCCCCGCCCCGGCGGCGCAAAAAGGGUUUGCGAGAAUUGGACACUCACACAAGGCUCCGGAUAUACGAAGAUGCACUCCGUAAGCUCGGGGUCGAUCCCGUCAAACUGGAGAAUGACGAGCUUGCUAAAGUGAAAGCUCGGAAAUGGCCCCCUGCGAGCGACUACACUACCAACUAUAUCGAUGUACCACCGCCUCCGAAUUCCAACAAGGACACCACCGAGAGCGCUGCAGACGAGAAGGGUGUUUUAUUAUCAGGUGAUGGGAAGUCUAGGUACCUCGAGAAUGGAUUGUGGACGACUCUUCAAGAUGAGUUUCGAAAUAACCAGGACCUUCUUGAUUCUUCAGAAGAAGAGGAAAAUGGAGAGUACUCGGUUGCAACCUCACCAGAAUCGUUCACGCCGGACACUGGAAGUAUAUUAUUUAGUACUGGCCGCGCAACCCCACAAUUACGAUCACUUCAUCCGGAGCCAUUGCAGAUCUUCAAGUUAUGGCAAAUCUAUCUGCAAAAUGUCAAUCCACUCGUCAAGGUGUUCCAUGCGCCAACUGUGCAGAAGAUUAUUCUCGAAGCAAGCGAGGACCUGGACGAUUUUCCGAAGAACGUGGAGGCUUUGAUGUUUGCCAUCUAUUGUAUUUCUGUUGGAUCACUUUCUGAGAAAGAGUGCGAAUCUACGCUAGGUACAAAGAAACCAAUUCUUCUCCAACGAUACCGAGCCGGUGUACAGCAUGCCUUGGUUAACGCGAGUUUCCUGAAAACCACCGAUCUUAUUGUUUUGGAAGCCCUUACGCUAUUUCUUCUUUCCCUGCAAGACUGCGACGCGCGAGUGAUGUGGAUUUUGACCGGCAUAGCAAGCAGAAUCGGCCAACGAAUUGGGUUGCAUCGCGAUGGCGGAUCUCUAGGACUGUCACCAUUCGACGCAGAAAUGCGAAGAAGACUGUGGUGGCAGCUCAUCAUGCUCGAAGGCUUCGCAGAGAAACUCGCCGGCUCAGGAGGCCACGUCUUCACCGGCGACACGAGAUGCCCGUCCAACCUCAACGACAGCGACCUCUUCCCCGGCAUGAAAGAGCUCCCCAAAGAACACCACGGCGCCACCGAAAUGAUGUUCUUCCUUAUCCGCUGCCACCUCGGCGAACGCUUCCGGACCAUGACCGCACCCAAAUCCGCCUUCGACGGCGUCUGGAACCGCCUCAGCACAUCCGAAACGCCCCUCCCAGAAAAGCAAACCGUAAUCGACGAGCUCGAAGCCUUCUACCAAGACCGCUACAUCCAAUACUGCGACGAAUCGGUCCCCUGGCACUACCUCUGCAUCCACCUCGCGAAAAACGUGAUCGCGCUCAUGCGCUUCAUGGCCCUCAACCCGCAACCCACCUCCUCGACCUCCCCCUCCUCCCCAUCCAUCACCCCCUCCCAACGAACCUCCCUCUUCGCCACCUCCCUCCAAAUAACCAAAUGGAUGAACCUCGUCUACAAGCUCCCCGCCCUCCGCGGCUACGCCUGGCACGUCAACCUCAACUUCCAAUGGAAAUCCUUCAUCUACCUCAUCUCGGAGCUGCGCGUCCGCCCGCAGGACACCCUCGACGUCGACGAGGCGUGGGCGGAGAUCCAGCUCACGUACGACAACCACCCGAGCUUCGCGAGGCAUCUCGCACGGAAGGCGCUGCCGGUUGCGAUUGGGGGGCUGACGCUGAGGAGUUGGGAGGUUUUUGCGCAGGCGAGGGGGUUGGGGAGGGCGGAGGAGCCGGGGUUUAUUGCGUUUUUGAGGGUGCGGCAUGCGGGGAGGUCUGAUGGGGGUAAUGGGAUGGUCGAGUCUGCUCCUCAGCCAACCCGGGAAGAGAUCACAGCGUCUGUGCCGGCUGGAGAAGUACAGGCUCAGCUUGACUGGACGGCAGGCUUCGCGGACACGUUGGACAGCAUGGACGGGGGACAGUUUGCAGAACUGCCGCCGUUUAACCCGGAUGAGAUGAACUGGGAUGCGUGGGAUAGCUUGUUGGUUGAUUUCAAUCAGUCGGAUGGGUCGUAA